UUUUUCUUUUUUUUUAGCAACGAUCCAAAAUCCGGAAUCCCAUGUUUUCAGUUUAAAAGCUGAAAACAGCUUAUCAGAAAGCUGCAUGUAUCCUCUGCUGAUUAGCGCCAAAUACAGCAUAGUAAACCCGCCCCUCUUUUCUCUUCCCAAUACAAAUCUCACACACACACACACACACACACACUUCUCUCUCUCUCUCCCCGCCUCCUUCAUCGUUUUCCUCUCACUCCGAUAAUUUGAAACCCAGAAUCAGAAAGAAUGAAUACCAUUGGAAAGAUGGGAAUUCAUCACCUGCGGAAGCUGAAUGCCUCGAAUGUUCCCAAAGAUUUGAUAGAGAAAGGUCAAAAUCGCGUUAUCGAGGCGUCCCUUACGCUUAUCCGGGAGAGAGCAAAGCUCAAGGGGGAACUAUUACGAGCUAUGGGAGGUGUAGUGGCGUCAGCAUCUCUCCUUGGAGUUCCUUUAGGACACAACUCGUCCUUUCUCCAGGGGCCGGCAUUUGCACCUCCUCGUAUAAGAGAGGCCAUUUGGUGUGGCAGUACUAAUUCUACCACAGAAGAAGGUAGAGACCUUAAUGAUCCACGGGUCCUAACUGACGUUGGAGAUGUCCCGAUUCAAGAGUUACGAGAUUGUGGAGUUGACGAUGACAGAUUGAUGAACAUCAUAAGCGAAUCUGUGAAGCUAGUGAUGGAACAAGAACCACUACGGCCGUUGGUGCUAGGUGGGGACCACUCUAUUUCGUUUCCUGUGGUGAGAGCAGUGUCUGAGAAGCUUGGGGGACCUGUUGAUAUUCUUCACCUCGAUGCGCAUCCGGAUAUUUAUCAUUCUUUUGAGGGAAACAAAUAUUCUCAUGCAUCUUCUUUUGCUAGGAUUAUGGAGGGUGGUUACGCUCGAAGGCUCUUGCAGGUUGGAAUUAGGUCAAUAACAAAGGAAGGACGAGAACAAGGGAAACGUUUUGGUGUGGAGCAAUACGAAAUGCGAACAUUUUCCCGUGAUCGCCACCUAUUGGAGAAUCUGAAACUUGGGGAAGGUGUAAAAGGGGUGUACAUUUCGGUGGAUGUGGACUGUCUCGAUCCAGCAUUUGCUCCAGGAGUAUCCCACAUCGAGCCAGGUGGCCUCUCUUUCCGUGAUGUCCUAAACAUACUUCAGAACCUAAAAGGCGAUGUUGUCGCCGGUGAUGUCGUCGAAUUCAACCCUCAACGAGACACCGUUGACGGUAUGACAGCCAUGGUUGCCGCUAAGCUCGUUCGAGAACUCACCGCUAAAAUAUCCAAAUGACAGCAUGAUAUCAGCAAAAAUAGCCCCACUCCCGUUUCUUCUUUUUUUCCUUAUGAACAAUAAUACAUUAAUACCUAAAGAAACGAACAAUAGACUUUUCUUUUAGAUUGAUAGGUUUCCGUAAACAGCCUUUAUAAUUACCAGAUAAAGAAAGACAGUGCUAUUUUGGUUAA